AUGUGGUGGGAUGUGGAAACGUGGUGGUGGAGGGACCAAUGGUGGUGUCUGUACGUGUGCGCCGUGCUAGCAGCUUGCCACGCCGAAUCCUACACCUAUCCCUUGGACCUGAUCAAAACCAGAUUGCAAGUGCAAGGCUCCCACGAGGACGAAACCGGCGCCGGCGCCAAGAAGAACUUCUUCAAAACGGCCAUAGAAAUAGUGAAGCACGAAGGGCUGUGGGCUUUGUGGAAGGGCAUAGGCGCCGUGUGGUUUAGACACUUGAUUUACGCGGGAUUGAGGGUGGUGAUCUACGAUCAGAUGAGGAUAUUGUUCCACAAAUGGAACGGCGACGAGGAUUUCGAAGAGUACACCCCCAUGUGGCAGAUGCUGGUAUGCGGCAUCACCUGCGGGUUCGUGGGCCAGCUAAUCGCCAAUCCCGCGGAUCUGAUCAAGGUGCAGCUGCAAAUGGAGGGCAAAAGGAAGCUGAUGGGGUUGCCGCCGAGGGUGAGCGGUUUCUGCGACGCGGCGAGGAAGAUUUACGCGGAAGGCGGCGUGUUGGGCUUCUGGAGAGGAUGGAUUCCCAGUUGCCAGCGGGCCAUUUUAGUGGCUAUUGGUGAUGUGACUACUUACGAUGCGGUUAAGACAUUGUUCAAGCAACACGCUAACAUUUCCGAUAGGUUUUUCCUGCAUUUCAUCGCGAGUUUUAUAGCGGGUUUCGUGACGACCGUUCUGUCGUGUCCCGCCGACGUGGUGAAGACGAGGUAUAUGAACCAGCCUGUCGACGAACACGGGAAAAAUCUUAUUUACACGGGAGUCUGCGACUGUUAUAGGAGGAUUAUUAGAGAGGAAGGAUUCUUGGCUUUGUACAAAGGUUUUUGGCCGAUUUGGAUGCGAAUGGCGCCUUGGGCAGUCAUUAAUUGGGUGACAUACGAUGGGUUCCGCGUACUUCUGGGCGCCAAAACGUUUUAA